CUGCUUGUGUAACUUUACGCAGAAGGGCUUUCUCCUGGUUUCGUGGCUCGUUGAAGUGAUGAGCUAACAUAUAUGAACUUAAAAUGCCAAGAUUAGUGUGUUUAAAAAUGUCGUAUUUACUGUCCGCUCUUAUGGCUACAGCACUCAUCACUUCGCAGGCCUUCGGGAAAACUGUAACUGGACUUUUUAGGAGCGAAGUAGCGAGACUGCAGAAAGGCCAAUUCAUCACUAAUUUCAUGUAUCAAGGUGAUGCAGGUUUGGUGGUCUGUCAGCUGGACAACCCCUCAUUAGCUGCAGAGAUGGAGUCCAGACUGCUGCUAUAUCCAAAUGUGGACAAGGACUGGGUCAACCUCAGCUGCUCUGAAAGACUCACUCGAGCCAAGAUCAUCAUAUCUCUCAGUCAAGAAGAACAGAACCAGACGAUCCCUCGUCAGUCGUCUCCUACGGUGUGGAAGGCUCUGUAUGCAGACAGAUACACCUGUCAGGACGGUGCCGUGAUUCCUUCUCAUGGCGACCUCACAUUUACUGUCCUGCUGCUUAAUGCUGAUUCUGCAGGAAACCCUUUGGAGCACUUUAGUGCGGAGGAAGCAGGUCUUCAAACUUUUUACUUCCUCCUGCUGCUGGCAUACUUUGUGUCUUCCUGUAUCUACGUAAGGCCUCUGUACCAGGCUCUGAGGAAAGGCGGGCCCAUGCACACAGUCCUCAAAGUGCUGACCGCCGCUCUGGCCUUGCAGGGUUUCUCCGCCUUCUGCAACUUCAUUCACAUGGCAAGGUAUUCCAGAGACGGCGUUGGUAUUCCGCUGAUGGGCUGCCUAGCUAAGUUUUGGGAUAUGGUGGCUGAGGUGUCCAUGCUGUACACGUUACUAAGUCUCUGUGUGAGCUGGACUCUAAGUCGAGGCCGGAAACCCCAGUCCCGACCUCUGCAGUGGGAACAGUCUCCGGCGUCCACAGCUGUUGCUGUGGGUGGAGUCGUUACGCAGGGUGUGCUGCUGCUAUGGGAGCAGUACUCCGCAUCUGGGAGCCAACACCACAGCAAUCAGAGUCUGGCAGGGAUACUCCUCAUUGCCCUCAAGGUGACGCUGGCCCUCCUGCUGGCCUCCGUUCUUUACCAGAUCAUCUCCACUGAGAGGAGCACCCUGAAGAGAGACUUCUACAUCUGCUUUGCCAAGGGAUGUUUCCUGUGGUUCCUCUGUCAUCCCUUCCUCGUCCUCACGUCCGCCAUCGUCAAUGAGCACCAGAGGGACAAGGUGGUCACCAUCGGAGUAGUUCUGUGUCAGUCCAUUUCCAUGGUGAUCCUCUACCAGCUCUUUCUGUCUCGUUCCCUCUACUGGGAAGUCUCCUCGCUCUCCUCCGUGUCGCUGCCCCUCACGAUGUCCAGGACCGGUCAGAGGGGGCGCUACUGAGCACGGGGGCUUCUUAGGCGUACGCGGACAAGACAUUUGCUGGUUCUGAAACGGGCUGAAGAGCAUCAGCCUGCCACUCAUGACUCCAAGGAAACCAAGACAAGAGUGGGUCACAAAUAAUCAAAUGGACCAAUAGAAAAAGAAAAUGUAAGGACUGAGGCAUCAUCUCAAAUGAAGAUUAGCUAUUUGUUUUUUAUAUUUACAGUACAUACAAAAAAUGCAUAGAAUAAGGUUACUAAACUAGCAGUCAUUGGGAGGGAGUAGAAUUUAUUAUUUACCGGGUUUACAGUGCGAGAUGAUGGACUGAACAUCAUAUUGAUGUACAUGCGGGAUGAAUGACUGUUUAAAAGUCAUUUUUGAGUUGUAGCCUACUAAAAUGUGAAUUUGCUAGCCGGUGGUACAGUAUAUGAACUGUAAUAUUUUGUCAGUAUAUGUCCCUGUCUUCAUCGGCAAAAUAACCUCAAACCUUCCGAGUGAAUGAAGUUAUUUAUUCGCGGAUGCAUGACAUAAAUCUAUCAGCGCCUUGUUUACGACCUGAUGCUUGAACAUAGACCGGUUUUGUUUUUCUGUUGAACUUUGUUAGGUUUAUGUACAGUUGCUAAGGACUUAUUAUGUACAACCUGUGGAAAUAUGACUUGAAAUGCAAUUUUUUUAUGGUAAUAUACAAUUCAUUCGGAAUACUCUAUUCCAGGAGUGCCCAUUACGUCGAUCACGAUCGACUGGUCGAUCUCGGAGGGUGUGUCAGUCGAUCUCAAGCCAGGCAUUAAAAAAAUAUACAUAAAAAUGAGCAAUCAUCAAUCAUACCAAGACUUCACUUUCGUCAGUUGUUUGACAUUCUCGGCACCCGAGGAUCUUGUGAGAUGACGCUGGCUGCUGCGAGCUCAUAUUUAAGAAAAAAAUCACUAACAGGGCGGACGCAGAGAAACACAUUUUAUUUCUAGAGACUCCGUACCUACUGUCAAAACUCUAAAGACCGACUGCACAGUUCCUGUCUUCACCAUAAAAGACCUGUUUCAUCCUGCCUGUGCUAACAAAAUAAGAGUCUCAGAAAGCUAGCGUGCACAAGCUAGCAAGCUACGGAGUUUGAUGCCAAUGUAUUUCUCCCCCGCCCUCAGCGACCGCUUUCUCACUUGCUUGCCCACCCGCACUCUCACUGACAUCACUCACCUGCUGCCAGACAUUAAAGGGCCACACACAUAUGCUACUCUCAUAACAAAGUGUUUAAAAACGAGUAUGCAAGUUGGACAAAUGAGAUGCCAAAUCCAACCACUUUCAUGUGGUAUUGGACAGAAAGGAGGACUUUUUUUUUCCUCCAUUUGAAAAUGCGGACGUUAUCAGCACCACUGUCUAAUUCCAAUCAAUGCAAGUCAUCAGAAUCAAAUACACCAAUUUACAUUCUUGUCUUCAUGAAAGAAAGGAAUCUAUGUGUGUUAAACAUGCUUGUAUUAUCAUUAAACACCAUUAACUUGUUAACAAAAAUGUCUCUUUCAUAAAUAAAUAAAUAUAAAUUAUAAAUAGGAAUGAGGUAAAUCUCCUCGACUUGGUCAAUUGAAAAGUAGCUCGCCUGCAGAAAAAGUGUGAGCACCCCUGCUCUAUUCAGUCAGUGUAUAAAUUGCAGAAUAAUCCGCAAAAUAUGCAAUAGCAGAACCUGAAUUUUAGUAUUCUAAAACCACUUAAACACCACAAUAAUCAACAUAUUGAUACAUGUCUUCAACAUUAGAGCUGUCAAAAUGAGCUGUGUAUAAUCACAAAAAAUGGUUUGCAUUAAUUAUGAACACGCUUAAGUUAAUCAUGCAAUUUAUUUUGACCGUAUAUGUUCUUUUACCCUAAUCGCUCUACAGUCACUGUUAAAAACAGUACAAAAAGGAGCGAAGUGAAUGCAACUGGUGUUCUCCCUGCAAAUUUCGCUCUAAAAUACAGCAUGAAAGAACUUCAAAUAAAGCUCUCUUACCAGGUUUUGUGCAAAUAAAUUACAUGCGUUCAAAUAAACCGUUUAAAUAUGUUCCAGGAUGAUGCUCUGACAAUAAAAUUGUAUUUGAGUACAAA